AUGGACGACCGGUCGGCGUCCACUGGUAUAAUUUUUAUUGCUGGUAAUAUUUUUAUUCUAUCUAUCUAUCUAUCUAUCUAUCUAUCUAUCUAUCUAUCUCAGUCUCUUCAUAUCUAUCUAUCUAUCUAUCUAUCUAUCUAUCUAUCUAUCUAUCUAUCUCAGUAUAUAUUGUCUGUUCAUCUAUCUAUCUAUCUAUCUAUCUAUCUAUCUAUCUAUCUAUCUAUCUAUCUAUCUCAGUCUGUACAUCUAUCUAUCUAUCUAUCUAUCUAUCUAUCUAUCUAUCUAUCUAUCUAUCUAUCUAUCUAUCUAUCUAUCUUUGUUUAUUUCUUGUUACUUUUUUUCUUUCUUCGUAAUUCUUUCGUUGUGUUUUUCUUUCUCUUUAGUCUUUUUCCUUCUUUCUUGUCAUUCGCUUUUUUUCUUUUCAGUCUCGUUCUUUCUUUUUUAGUAUGUUUUUAUUUUAUUUUUCGUUGCUCUUUUCUUGUGGAUUUAUUUCUUUUCAGUCUCUUUAUUUCUUUCUUUCUUUCUUUCUUCAAAGUGUGUAUUUUUCUUUUCCUUACGUUGUUUUGUCUUGUGUAUUUAUUUUUUCUCAGACUCUUUUUUCUUCUUUCUUUCUUUCUUUCUUUCUUUGAAGUGUGUAUUUUUCCUUUAUGUUGUUUUUUCUUGUGUAUUUGUUUCUUUUCAGUCUCUUUCUUUCUUCGAAGUGCGUAUUUUUCUUUCCUUUACGUUGUUUUGUCCUGUGUAUUUAUUUUUUCUCAGACUCUUUCUUUCUUUCUUUCUUUCUUUCUUUCUUUCUUCCUUUCUUUCUUCGAAGUGUGUAUUUUUCCUUUAUGUUGUUUUUUCUUGAGUAUUUAUUUCUUUUUAGUCUCUUUCUUUCUUUCUUUCUUUCUUUUCAAUAUUAUUCCUUGCACUUUCAUUUUUGUCAGUUUUUCAUUCAUUAAUUCAUUCUUUUUUCAUUCUUUCUUACUUAUUCGUGGCUUUUUCUUUGUUGUCUUUCUUUCUUUCUUUUCGACAUUUCCGUCUUUCUUCACACUUUUUCAUGCGUUCUUUUUUUUACCACUUUUUUACCUUCAUCCCCUGAUCAUUUCUUUCAGUGUCUUUCUUUCUUUCUUUCUUUCUUUCUUUCUUUCUUUCUUAUCCCUCUUAGUAUUAUUUAUUUCUUUUUCUUUCCUUUUUUUUUGCAAAUCUUUCUGUUCUGUCUGUCUUUCCUUUGUUCUCUAUCUCUUUAUUUUUCUCAGCCGCUGUCUUUCUGUCAAUCUCUGCCUCUUUCUGUUUUUCUGCCUUUCUGUUUGUCUCUGUAUUUCUGUCUCUCUGUCUUUCUGUCUGCAUUUCUAUCUUUCUAUCGGUCUCUGUCUUUCUCUCUGUCUUUUCUUUCUUUCUAUCUUUUUUUUCUUUCUUUCUUACAGAACGACUGCUUGCAGUCAUUCUGUCACUCUGCCACUAUCCUUCUGUCUUUCUGUCCCACUCUUUUUUCUCUGUCUGUCUCGAACUUUCUCUCUAUCUCUGUCAUUUUUUAUGAAUUUCUGUUUGUCUCUGAAUUUCUCUGUCUUCUUUCUUUCUGUCUUUCUGUUUUUUCUCUGUCUUUCUGUCUUUCUCUGCUUGUCUUUCUGCCUUUCUCUGUCUCUCUCUAUCUUUUUUCUUUCUUUCUGUCUUUCUAUUUGUCUAUUUCUGUCUUUCUAUCCUUCUGUCUUACUGUUUCUCUCUGUCUUUCUCGCUGUCUGUGUCUUUGUCAUUCUAUCUUCCUGUAUGUUUCUUAAUUUGGAACUUUCUGUCUGUCUCUAUCUGUCUGUCGCUGCCUAUCUGUCUCUCUCUCUCAGUCUCUGCCUGUUUCUGUCAUUCUGGGUGUUUCUGUCUUUCUAUCUUCCUGUCUUUCUAUCUCACUCUAUCUUACUGUCUUUCUCUCCAUCUCCGUCUGACUCUGUCUGA